AUGUGGUUCUCUAAGUUUAUUGUUUUCAUUUCCAUGACAGUAGUAGUUUGUUCUAGUUUGAUCAGUGCUAAGGAUUGUAAGUCAAAUGUUGUUUCACAUACAAUCUUUGUAGAUCAGUCUGGCACUUCAAAUUUUACCACAAUUCAAGCCGCAAUUGAUUCUGUUCCCUCCAAAAAUUCUCGAUGGAUUCGAAUUUUUGUUCAAGCUGGUUUUUAUAGAGAACAAGUAACAAUAGAAAAAGACAAAUCAUGUAUUCUCCUGGAAGGAGUUAGCAGGGGAUCGACAUACAUUCAAUAUGAUGCCCAUCAUGCAACAAAUACUAGUGCUACUUUCCAUUUAAUGGCUGAUAAUUUUGUUGCAAAAAAUAUUUCCUUUGAGAACAUAUAUAACCUUGGGCCAAAUCAUCCCACUCAUACACCAGCAGUUGCAGCUUUAAUUCGUGGGGAUAAAGCUAGUUUCCAUUCAUGCAGUUUUAAAAGUUUGCAAGAUACAUUGUGGGAUGAACGAGGCCGGCAUUACUUCAGCUCAUGUUUCAUCCAAGGCGCAAUAGAUUUCAUCUUCGGUGGUGGCCAGUCUCUUUAUGAGCAAUGCGUUAUAACUGUUACUGCUAGGGAUGCAAAUCUGCCGAAUGGUUCAAGUGGUUAUAUAACAGCUCAAAGAAGAUACUCACCAAAUGAUCCAAAUGGCUUUGUGUUCAAAAGUGCAACUGUGGUAGGAAAUGGUCGAGCAUAUCUUGGAAGGGCUUGGGGACCUUAUUCCAGAGUUAUAUUUGCAAGGUCAUCAUUAUCCAAGGUUGUGGAUCCAAUUGGAUGGGACGCUUGGUACUUUGUUGGCCAUGAGAGAAACCUUACAUAUGUGGAGGCUGAUUGCACUGGAAAGGGAUCGAAUACCUCGAAGCGUGUGAAAUGGGAGAAGAAGAUGAACUCCUCCCAGUUGAGGCAAUUUAUCAACUUAUCAUUUAUUGAUCAACCAGAAGGAUGGGUUGAAAAACAACCCUUAUAA